CAUUCUUGAAGCUGCUUUCAGAAGCAUUGCAAUGUCUAGCAGCAACAGCGCCAGCACAGUAGCAGGUCCAUCAUCGUCCAAGCGGAAGGCAGACGGCAAUGUCAAUGGCACCGCUGUAGCGUCAACAUCCUCAUCGUCAGCGAAAAAGGUCAAACCCAGCGCAACAGAUGAAGACGACGAGUGGGCCCUCUUUCAAAAAGAGGUCCUCUCAGCCGCCGAUGCAGACAAGGGAGGGUCAUUGAGCGAGGAAGUACCCUCAAGACCUGUAGCGUCAGCCGCCAAAAGCGGCCCGUCGACAGCAAAUCCACCCUCUCCGACAUACGCCAUCGCGACAAUUGAGGUAGCCCCGCAGCUCCGCAAUGGCGACCAAGGCGGGCAAGGCAAAGAGGGUGCAGUCAGCGACGCCCAAGAAGAGGAGACAGAAGAGCAGAAGAGGCGCAGGAAGCUGCGCGAGGAGAAAGAGGAGAUCUACUCGCGCAUCGAAGAAGAGCAGCGAUUGCAGGAUGAGGCGCAGGACAGGCUAGCCAUGCUUAAAGCUCGCAGAGAGAGGAUACGAGCGAUGAGGGAGGCAAAGUCCAAUCGACCGGCGAGCGACGCUAGCAAGGCUGAUGGAACAGGGAAGUGACCUUUUCUGACGCAGCAGGAAUUUGCCAGGCUUGCGAUGGCGCUCUUCCAUGGCGACAGUCUGCCUCACCGAAAAUAGGUGGCCCCUGCACGCUCGAGGCAGAGCCCUUGAGGUCGGUCCAAUCAUUGCUGCCCGCCACCCCUUGCCAUCCUCCCUAUCGCAUCCGUUACCUACCAUCGUCUGAAG